GGGUCGGCGCGGUUGGCCUGCAGCGGGCGAGCCUGGGCUCCGAGCGGCGCGGUGGUGUGGUUGCCAGGGUGGCCGCUCGCCAUGCCGUCCCGAGUGGAGGACUACGAGGUGCUGCACAGCAUCGGCUCCGGCUCCUACGGCCGCUGUCAGAAGAUUCGGAGGAAGAGCGACGGCAAGAUCCUGGUGUGGAAAGAGCUUGACUAUGGUUCCAUGACGGAGGUGGAGAAGCAAAUGCUUGUGUCUGAGGUGAACUUGCUUCGGGAGCUGAAACAUCCAAACAUCGUCCGUUAUUACGAUCGUAUUAUCGACCGAACCAACACAACGCUGUACAUCGUAAUGGAGUACUGUGAGGGAGGGGACCUGGCUAGUGUCAUUGCAAAGGGAACCAAGGACAGACAAUACUUGGAAGAAGAGUUUGUCCUUCGAGUGAUGACUCAGUUGACACUGGCCCUGAAAGAGUGUCACAGAAGGAGUGACGGUGGCCACACUGUGCUUCACCGGGACCUGAAGCCAGCCAAUGUCUUCCUGGACAGCAAACACAAUGUCAAGCUCGGGGACUUUGGACUAGCUAGAAUAUUAAAUCACGACACGAGUUUUGCAAAAACGUUUGUUGGCACACCCUAUUACAUGUCUCCUGAGCAGAUGAGCCGCUUAUCCUACAACGAGAAGUCGGACAUCUGGUCGCUGGGCUGCCUGCUGUAUGAGCUAUGUGCACUAAUGCCUCCAUUUACAGCUUUCAACCAAAAAGAGUUAGCUGGGAAAAUCAGGGAAGGGAGGUUCAGGCGCAUCCCCUACCGCUACUCUGAUGGCUUGAAUGACCUCAUCACUCGGAUGCUGAAUUUAAAGGACUACCAUCGACCUUCAGUGGAAGAAAUUCUGGAGAGCCCUGUGAUAGCAGACUUGGUUGCAGAAGAGCAGAGGAGAAAUCUGGAGAGGAGAGGACGGCACUCAGGCGAGCCUUCGAAGCUGCCGGACACCAGCCCUGUGCUGAGCGAGCUCAAGUUGAAGGAAAGGCAACUGCAGGAUCGAGAGCAAGCACUCAGAGCUCGGGAGGACAGCCUGGAGCAGAAGGAACGUGAACUUUGUAUUCGAGAGAGGCUUGCAGAGGACAAACUGGCCAGAGCCGAGAGUCUGAUGAAGAACUACAGCCUGCUGAAGGAGCAUAGGCUCCUGUGUCUGGCUGGCGGCCCAGAACUUGAUCUUCCAUCCUCAGUCAUGAAGAAGAAGGUUCAUUUCCACGGAGAGAGCAAAGAGAACACCACACGGAGUGAGACUUCUGAGAGCCACCUUGCCAAGGCCAAGUGCAGGGACCUGAAGAAGAGGCUUCAUGCUGCCCAGCUGCGGGCUCAAGCCCUGUCUGAUAUUGAAAAGAACUACCAGCUAAAGAGCAGGCAGAUCCUGGGCAUGCGCUAGGCCAGCAAGGCGUGGAGCUGGUCAGUAUUGGUACUGACAACCCACUGGAGAUUGGUAUUCAGCUGCUGUGGUUCUGUGUGUGGUGAGCUCGGCGCUGGGCUUGCUUGUGGUCUGCAGGACGGGCUCGUCCUCUUUGACCCUGUGUGUGAUUUCUACUUGGAAUAUGAGGUGGGGCACUAUAGAUACUGUAGAUCUUAGGAGAAAAUAAUGUUAGGGAAAGAAUAUUUAACCUGGAGGACUCAGAGAGGUUCACGCGCUGAGCGACACUGCCUUCAUUGCAGUUUCCAAGUGAGGCUUCAGCGGGUAUGUGACCUCACUGCUAACGGGAUGCAUGUGGCAGGGCCCACAGGGUUGCAUGUCAGAGGUGUUGUGAGAGCUCACCAGUGUGUAAUGUUUCAGGGAGAGACCCAGCCUCUGGCCUGACAGCCUGACGAGAAGCCAUUCACCAGCAUUCCGGGUCCAGGAUGCUCACUGUGCUGGUUAAACUGCAGAUUGGAAUUGGAGGGGGGGGAAGGGCUGGAGCUUUGACCUAAGAACGCGGUUUGCGCGUCUCUCAGUAGCACUGGCCCUCAGCACACUGCUGUCCUGAAACCUAGGCAGGCACUGGGGACAGAAGGCUGCUGGAAGCCCUGAGCCCCCUCUCCUGCUGUGUGCAGGGCCUGUCCCUGUCUGUAUCUGACCUCCAGGUCAGUUGAUGACAUUAGUUAAGUGUGUCUGUGCCCACAAGUAUAAGCCAAAUGGUCGGAAAUGCCUCAGAAUCUAUAUAUUUUAAGUCACACAUGUAAUCCCCAAACAUUUAAUGUUGGAGAACUGUCUUCAGAAAGUUGGUCUAUUUAAGGCGACCGGGGAAAAGGCGGGUCUCCUUUGCUCUGUCCACAGUCCUUUCGAGACGACUUCAGAGGAGAACAGUACCAGUGUGCGUUGAGGGCCCUGUGUGCCUUCGCCUGUGUGAGGGCCAGGCUGCUGUUACAGUUUCCUGAAGACCUCAGCAGAAAGGAGUUCGGUUGCCCCAACAAGUACUGUUGUCUGAGAGGGGAGGUCAGAGCAUGCAAUGGCGAACACACGGACUCCUUACAUUUUCAAAUCCCGCGUCUUUACUUUCUGGAGCUCUAAUAGCAAGCGUGCUCGGAUGUGUGACUUGCCAAGGUUGGCUUUCCUAAUGCUUUCUGUAAACUCUACUGUUGGCACUGGCAGCUGUAGAAGCUGUUGGAGGGGCUGCUUACGGUUACAGCACCUGCGAUCUCUUGCAACUGCAGAUGCAAUGCCUGCAAUCUUGCAACUUUGCCGUUCAGUAGCAGCUUGGAAUGUUAAAGUAUGGUGAGUCUCUUCUCUGCGAAGGGCCUGACAAUCUGCCGGCAGGGAA